UUAAGCUAGCAGCUGAGUAUCUCAGUCGUGGAUUGUCUCCUCAAAGCUCUCCGCAGUGCUUAAAUAAAUAUAAUAAUACAAUCAAAGAUAGAGAGAGAGUACAAGCAAGAGAGAGAGAGCAAAAGAGACAGAGAAAAAGCUCAAAGUAAAAAAAAAAAAGCACAAAGAAAAAUAUAUACAUCCCACGACUCAGCCUGUCAAAAUUCACAAUCGUAUCAAUUAAUUUUUUUAUUUACAUUUCAAAUAAUAAUAUAAAAAAAAAAAAAAAAUUUGAAAAAAAAAAACCCAUAAAGUGUCUUUUUAUUAUUGAGGAAUUGAAUUGUGAAAAAAAUUAAUUAACUUGUAAUAAAUUAUUAAAGUGUUUAUUGCACAUAAUUUAGUGAUAGCACGAAAAAAAAAAAAAAAAAAAAAUUAGCAAAAAUUAGUGUAAAUUAAAUGUGUGUGUGUAUGUGUUAUGUUAAUGUGAGAAAAUCUAAAAACGCGAUUGCGUUAAAUUAUAUAUGUAUAUAUUAAAAACAUAUAUAUAAUAAUAAUAAUAAUUGAGCUUUAAGGGGGGGCACACAUGGCAAUCGAUAGUGAUGCGAGUCGUGGUUGCUUGCAGCGCCCAUGAAACAAGUGGUAAAGCACGUUUUUCAAAGUACUUAUCAAUCAAGGCGUUUUUUUUUUUUUUAUAAUUAAUAUUAAUUUUUAUUGUUAAUUAUAUUUAUUUUUAUUUUAUAAUUAUUAUAAUAUGUUUAACGUUAAAGUGAUGAUAUUUUUAUUCAUCGUUGUUAUGAUUAAUCAGGAUCUUCCUUAAAAAGGAUUAUGAGGUGGCUUCGAGCCACAUUGAUGACGAUGGCGACGAGCAAUUGUGCCGAAGGAUGAAAGAAAAAAAGAAAAAACAAUUUAUUCACAUUAAUUGGAAAAUAAUAAUUCUAAUAAAAAAUCAUAUAUAAAAAAAAAAAACUUAAAUUGAUAUAAUAUAAUCUCAGCAUUGUGAAUAAAAAGAAAAAAUUAAAAAAAAAAAAAAAUCUCAUCUGAUGCUGAACGAUAGAAGAUACGAGGAAGACGCGGGAGUUGAUAAAGAAAGAAAUGGAAAUGAUUUUGUAUCAGCAAUGUACUCGAGCGAUGGUUUUUUUGAAAAUCAACAGCUUAUAUCAUCAAGUUCAUCACAAUUACCACAAACAUCAUCACCAUCAUCAUCAUCAUCAACAGCUGCAGCUUCAACAUCAUCACCAGCAACAGCAGCAACAUCAUCAACAUCAUCAACAUCAACAUCAACAUCAACAGCAGCAGCAGCAGCACAAUCAUCAUCAUCAUCAACAACAAUAUGCUCAACGCCAUUACCAACAUCAAUUGGUUUAUCAAAAAUUGGUAUUAUUGAUUGUCCAAAUAUUUCAACAACAUCAUCAACAACUGGAACAACAAUAUGCCAACAAACAAAUAAUAAUAAUAAUAGUAUUAACAAUAUUAAUAAUUAUAAUAAUAAUAAUAUUAGUGGAUGGACAAAAGAAGUACGUUAUGCACCAUUUGAUACAACAAUAUCAACAACAACAACAGCAUCAAUACCACCGCCCCCGCCACCGAUGCCACCAAUGCCACCACCAGAUGCUCUUCCUCUUCAGAUGCAACAAAGGACUUACUCCCGAUCCAUGACCUCAUUACCACCAGAACCAUUUAUGAUAAUGCGUUCAAAAGCAUUAAAUAGACGUGUAUCAAUUAAUGUUGGUGGUGUUAAACAUGAAGUAUUAUGGAGAACAUUAGAAAGAUUACCACAUACUAGAUUAGGACGUUUACGUGAUUGUAAUACACAUGAAUCAAUAACUGAAUUAUGUGAUGAUUAUUCAUUAAUUGAUAAUGAAUAUUUUUUUGAUAGACAUCCAAAAUCAUUUAGUUCAAUAUUAAAUUUUUAUCGUACUGGUAAAUUACAUCUUGUUGAUGAAAUGUGUGUAUUAGCAUUUAGUGAUGAUCUUGAAUAUUGGGGUGUUGAUGAAUUAUAUUUAGAAAGUUGUUGUCAACAUAAAUAUCAUCAAAGAAAAGAACAUGUACAUGAGGAGAUGAGAAAGGAGGCUGAGUCAUUGAGGCAAAGAGAGGAGGAGGAAUUUGGUGAUGGUAAAUGUGCACAAUAUCAAAAAUGGCUAUGGGAUUUAUUGGAAAAACCAACUACAUCAAUUGCUGCUAGGGUGAUAGCUGUGAUAUCAAUAUUGUUUAUUGUGUUAUCAACAAUAGCAUUAACACUAAACACCAUUCCAAGUUUUCAAGUAAAUGAUGAAAAAGGAAAUUUUCAAGAUAAUCCACAAUUAGCUAUGGUAGAAGCAGUAUGUAUAACAUGGUUUACAUUAGAAUAUGUACUACGUUUUAGUGCAUCACCAGAUAAAUGGAAAUUUUUCAAAGGUGGUUUAAAUGUUAUUGAUUUAUUGGCAAUAUUACCAUAUUUUGUAUCAUUAUUUCUUGUUGAAACAAAUAAAAAUGCAAAUGAUCAAUUUCAAGAUGUACGUCGUGUUGUACAAAUAUUUCGUAUUAUGAGAAUAUUAAGAAUAUUAAAAUUAGCACGUCAUUCAACUGGUUUACAAAGUCUUGGUUUUACAUUACGUAAUUCAUAUAAAGAACUUGGUUUAUUAAUGCUUUUUUUGGCAAUGGGAGUACUUAUAUUUUCAAGUCUUGCAUAUUUUGCUGAAAAAGAAGAACCAGGUACAAAAUUUAUAAGCAUUCCAGAAACGUUUUGGUGGGCUGGUAUCACCAUGACGACUGUUGGUUACGGAGACAUUUAUCCUACGACACCUCUUGGUAAAGUGAUUGGAAGUGUGUGUUGUAUAUGUGGUGUACUGGUAAUUGCGUUGCCUAUUCCUAUUAUUGUUAAUAAUUUUGCUGAAUUUUAUAAAAAUCAAAUGAGACGAGAAAAAGCACUUAAAAGACGUGAAGCACUUGAACGUGCUAAACGUGAAGGAAGUAUUGUUUCAUUUCAUCAUAUUAAUUUGAGAGAUGCAUUUGCCAAGAGUAUGGAUCUUAUUGAUGUCAUUGUUGAUACUGGUCACAAUAUGUCAGGUGUUGAUGGUAACAGUACAGAGGGUGAUUCAGUAUGUGGAAGAGGACCAGCACAAACUGGUCCUGGUUGUUAUCGUAACUAUGAACAUUAUAGUUUAUCACGUCAUAGAAGAAGUGCUUCGUCAUCAUUUGCAGCAUUACCAAAUGAUUUACCAACAACACCAGAUAGUCCAAAUCGUCGACUACUUGAUUUUGCUCAAAAUAUACCUGGCAGUCAAGCUGAUGAUUAUUAUCAAGAUGAUUUACCAACACAACAUUCUAAUCAUGGAAAUACAACACCCAGUGAUGAAGAUAGAAAAGAUGGGAGAAAAAUCGAGAAAAUUGAUGAGUUUCCUAGUGAAUUCGAGUGUUGCUUUUGUACCACGAAGGAAUACAAAGAUUAUCGAGAUGCUGAAGAUAUAAUGCCCCUAGCAACAAGUGAUUUUCGCAAUCCAGUUUGUCAAGAAUUACGUUCAUUGCGUGAAUGUAGCAUUGAAACAAGUGCAUUUGGUGAUCCAUUAUUAUCACCAAUACGUCCAAUAACAAUGAUAACUGAAACAGCAUCAACAAUAAUAUAUCCAAUAAAUAAAACAACAACAACACCAUACAAUGAACGUGGUAGUGUUGAUAGUACAGAUACAUAUGCUAGUUGUCAAACACAUCCAUUUCAUUCACAAGAAUUAUUAGGUGAUGGUGAUACUAUUGCUGAACAUGAUAGUAAUCUUUAUAUUAAUCCACUUGAAGGAACUGAUAAUAAUAAAUGUCGUGAUAUUGAUAAUGAUAUUAAUAAAUCAUUAUCACGUGAACAAUCAACAUUUUUUAAUGGUAAUGAUUUUAAUAAAAAUUUACAACAAUCACAGCAGCAACAAUCACAACAACAAAAAGGAAAUUUAAUGACUGAUAUAUUACCAAAGCAUAAAAAGACACGUUUAUCAAAGAGUUUAUCAGGAAAAAGAAAAUUAUCAACAAGUGUUAAAGAAACAGAAUCACCACGUCAUGCAAGUUUUGAUAGACAAGAUUCAUCAGAAGAUAAUAAUGAUAAUCGUGUUACAAGGCCUACAUCUAAAACAACAAAUUCAUCAUUAACAAGUCUUGUAUCAGCAUCACGUAUAUUAAAUCAACAACUUCUGGGAAAUUUGAGCGGUUCGAAACAAUACUCUGGUACAUCAAGUGGUAACAAAUUAUCAUUAUCAGCUGAUUCAAUUGACAGUGAAAAAAUAUCAUAUAUGACAAAACGUCAACGUGCAAAAUCAAUAUUAAAAAAAUCCGAAAAUAUUAAAAAUUGUUGUGAUGAUGAUGAUGAUGAUGAUAUGAAUGGUGAUACUGAUAAAUUAAUAAUUGAUAAUACAAAUAUAAAUAAUUUACGUACACGUCCAUCAACAGUAUCACCAUUUUUUACAAAUCAAGUAUUGGGUGCAUUAUUAAGAACAAAUAAUAAUAUUGAACAAUCAAGUCCAACAUCAAUUAAAUCUGGAUGUGAUAAAUUAUCAAAAAUAUAUUAUGAUAAUUGUAAAGAUAUAAAUAAUGAUAAAAAAUAUAAAAUUAAAAAUAAUGGACAAUCUAGUAGUCAAUCAAGUAUUGUUAAAAUAACAAAACCAUCAAAAACAAUUAAAAAAAUUAAUAAAAAAAAACGUAAUAAUAAUCCUGAUGAAGGUAGCAGUGAUAUUAAUCGUCUACUUGAAGAUACACCAACACCACCACGACGUAAUUCAUAAAUUAAUUGCCAUUUAAUAUUUUAAAAAAUAUAAUAAAAAUGUUUAGCUUAAAAUAAUUAAUCAAAAAUAAAAUGUUGUUAUAAUAAGGUCAAAUAACAGAGGUAAGUUUACUUCUGAGAAAUUUUAUUUACAAUUUUAUUCAGCAAUUAAAUUAAUUAUCAUAAUAAGUGACCAAAUUAAUUAAUCAAGCUGAAAUAAAAAAAUUUUAAAAGUAAAUUAAUACAUCAAAGUAAAGUAAAUUAAAAAUUUUUUUUUUUGUCAAUUGUUAAGAGUCGUCGUUUGUCGUUUUUAAACACUAACAAUAAUGUGCCUUUGUAUAUUUAUUAUGCAAGCAAUAGAUUGCUCUGAAAUUUAAUUACUCAAGCUCCAUGUGUUCAAAUGGAAAAACACAAUUGGCAUUUUUUUAAAUAACUUUUUUUUGGUUUUAUGUGAUACAGAUAAAUUAUUGCCACAAUUUUAUCUAUAAUAAAAUAAUAUUUAAUUUAUGUAAUAAUGUAUAAAUUAAUAUUUGAAAAUUAAACAACGAAUUUUGCUGAUUAAAUUGUAGAUAAUGCUUAUCGCAUUUGUAUAUUAUUUGCAAUUAUUAUUUAAAACACUCAAAUGCGAAAUUUUAAAAAUAAAUCAAAUAUAGUAUGCUAAUUAUAAGAAAAAAAAAAAUCAUGUACAAAUAGAAAAAAAAAAUGUUUUAAAAUGUCUAGAUGACGAUGAGUAUAUAUAUAUAUUAAUUGAUAAAUAAAUUAUAAAUAAAUAAAUACAUUUAUUGUGAAUAGCAUUUAAAAAAAAACCAAAUUAAUUUUUCUUUUGCUAGAUCCUUUUGUAGUUGUCUCGUAAUUAUGUUGUGAUAAUUGAUGUUUUUUUGGUGGAUUAUUGAUGUAAUUCAGGGUCAAUUAAUUUGCAUGUAGUAAUAUUUAAUAAUAAAUAUGUUAAGUAAUAGAUAUUUUUAUCGAAUUGAGUAAAUCGUUUGAUGAUGUUCCUGAAUAUUUGUCUUUUUUUUUAAAAUAAACUUUUUCAAGUUUUUUUAUGUACUCUUGAUGAUCCUUUGUUU